AUGUCGCUGACAUCCUACGUGAGCGGCGCGCUCGGCGCCAUCGCGCGCCUGUCCUGGCUGCAGCUCUUCGGCCUCGGCGUGGCCGGCUUCCUCGGCUUCCUCGCCAGCCUCUACGUCUACCUGUACAUCUGCUCGGAGUGGGCUAUCUCGUACGGCAACCUCCCUGGCCCGGACCGCGACCACUGGCUUGUCGGCAACCUCAUCUACCUCGUCAAAAGGCAGCACCCGACGCCGGCGUACCGCGCCUGGGCGGACAAGUACGGCGCCACGGGCCGCGUGCACGGCUUCCUCGGCAGCAAACGCGUGUACACUGUCGACCCGGUCGCCAUCUCGCACAUCACACAGCACCCCGACCAGUGGCCCAAGUCGCAGGCGAUGAGCAUCAUGCUGCGCCGCAUGCUCGGAGACGGCCUCGUCACGGUCGAGGGGUACGACCACCGCCGGCAGAGGCGCCUGCUCAACCCUGCCUUCUCGCCCAAGGCGGUGCGGGAGAUGGCCCCCAUCUUCUACGACCGUGCUCUGGCGCUCCACCACAAGUUUACUGACAUGAUCGAGGACGGCGCGAGCAGCAGCCAACUGCUUGCCGACGGCGACCGCGAGAAGCUGCCCAAGGACGCUGGCGCGAUCGACGUCGGCGUGUACACUGAGCUCACGACGCUCGAUGUCAUCGGCCAGGCUGGGUUCGACUACGAGUUUGAGAGCCUCACGACCAAGAAAAAUGAGCUGCUGGACGCUUUUCACAGCGCGCUCAAGGUUAUGCAGAAGGGCGCGGCGCUGAGCCAGCUGCAGAACAGGUUCCCGAUCUUUGAUGCGCUGCCCACGCCCAUGACCAAGAGCGGCGCCAUCUCCAAGGCGACGAUGAACCGCGUCGGCGACGGCAUUGUCAACGACAAGACACGUAUCGUCAAGCAGAUCGGCAUCGACAAGGAGACGGAUCUCGGCACGUCCGACCUCCUCUCGCGCCUCAUCCACGCCAACCUUGACCCGGCUCUGACGGCGGGGCAGAAGAUGAGCCACGACGAGGUCCAGGCGCAGAUCGCCACUUUCCUCUUUGCAGGCUCAGAGACCACAGGCAUCGCACUCACAUGGGCGCUGUACCGCCUCGCGACCAACCCGGCCAUCCAGACGCGCCUGCGUAAGGAACUCCAGACAAUCAGCGACGACCAGCCCGACGUCGACACGCUCCACGCACUGCCGUACCUCGAGAAGUUUACCCGCGAGGUGCUCCGCAUGGACUCGCCGGUGCCUGUCGUCGCGCGCAUGUGCGUCGAGGACACGGUGCUGCCCCUAGGCACGCCGGUGCGCGGGCGCGACGGCACGCUCAUCGACAAGAUUGUGCUCAACAAGGGGACCGAGGUGGCACUGGCCCUCAACAGCGUCAACCGCGACCCAGCCAUCUGGGGUCCCGACGCCGAGGUGUUCAAUCCCGACCGGUACGACAACACUGCUAUCCCGACGGCGCAAGUCCCAGGCAUCUACGGAAACCUCAUGACUUUCCUCGGCGGCCCACGCAACUGCAUCGGCUGGCGCUUCGCCCUCGCCGAGUUCAAGAUCAUCCUGUUCGUUCUGGUCCGCUCGUUCUCGUUCGCCGAGCUGCCCUCCAAGCCGCCCAUCUCGACCGAGACUGUCCUGGGUAUCCUCCGCUCCCGCGUUAUUGGACAGGACGGUGUCGUCGUCCCGCUUGUCGUCAGGCCCGUCUCCUCGGAUGACUCAGCGUGACCCCCCGCCGCGGCCUCCUGAACGCGAAGUACACAGUCAGAAG